AUGACAGAGCAUGAUGCAGGGAGAUACUACUGUUACUAUGUCAGAUUCACAGGCUGGUCAGAGCACAGUGACCCCCUGGAGCUGGUGGUGACAGGAUCCUACAGCAAACCCAGCCUCUCAGCCCUGCCCAGCCCUGUCCUGACCUCAGGGGGGAAGGUGACCCUCCAGUGUGGCUCAGGGCAGGGGUUUCACAGGUUCAUGCUGACUAAGGAAGAAGAUCACAGGCUCUCCUGGACCCUGGACUCACAGCCACAGUCCAGUGGGCAGUUCCAGACCCUGUUCCCUGCCAGUAGAAGGGGUUUAUGGGAGGAGCAGCCCUGUAAUUCACGUCUGGUCUCCCCAGGUGAGUCUGAGAAGCCUUCCCUCCUGAGCCAGCAGGGCCCCAUCGUGGCCUCUGGACAGAGCCUGACCCUCCAGUGUCGCUCUGAUGUCGGCUAUGACAGAUUCGCUCUGCACAAGGAGGGGGGAUGGGACCUCCCCCAGAGGGUUGUCCUGCAGCCCGAGGCUGGGCUCUCUCAGACCCACUUCCCCCUGGACACUGUGAGCAGCUUGCAUGGAGGCCGGUACAGAUGCUACGGUGGAUACAACCUCUCCUCUGAGUGGUCGGCCCCCAGUGACCCCCUGGACAUCCUGGUGGCAGGACACCUGCCUGACAGACCAUCUCUAUCAGUGGUGGUGCACAUAGGCCUCAGGGUGCCAUCUGAAGGAAAGGUGACCCUGCUGUGUCAGUCACAGAGCCCGAGGGACACUUUCCUUCUGUCCAAGGAGGGGGCAGUGGAUGCCCCCCUGUGUCUGAGAUCAAAGCACCGAGCUCAGCAGUUCCAGGCAGAGUUCCCCAUGAGUCCUGUGACCUCAGCCCACGGGGGCACCUAUAGGUGCUACACCUCAAACAGCUCCUCCCCCUUCCUGCUGUCACUUCCCAGUGAGCCCCUGGAGCUCCUGGUCUCAGGUGAGGGGCCCCUGACCUGUCUGCUGAGCUGUCAGCUCAGGGUCCUGUCCCCAGAAGAACUAUGA